AUGUUUAUCUAUUUCGUGAUUGUGGUUCAUUCGUACAUACAGGCCCUCCGUGAAGAUCCAUUAGGGGCAAGCGCCGGUUUUCCUAGAGCACACCUUUACCAGACUCAAACGGCUGGUUUACGAUAUGCUAGCCUAUGCGCACCACCACCCACGACUGCUGUGCCUUCACACAUUGGUGUAGGAUAUCCUCCCGCAUGCGCAGUAUCGGACGAGAAUACCAUGACGUCACAGGCUGGUUAUGUUUAUCAUCCUCCAUAUCCAGCUGUGACGUCAUAUACUGAUGUAAGAUACCCUCCUCAUCAUCCAAUGGCUGGUAAGAUUACUCUGUCGUCAUACUAUGACGCUGGCAAUCUUCCUUCACACGUAGCACAUGGCAGAACUACCAUGACAUCACAAGAUAGCCCAGAGCAUCCUCCUGCUUACACAGAUCCAGACACGACCGCUGUGAUGUCACAGUUCGGGAAUUCUUCUCAACACACAGUGCCCGCCGAGGCUAUUGUGACAUACCUAGGCUCUGAGUGACGUCAUGAUGAACUGUUAAUGACACAAGAGCUCACCGGUCACUGAGAUGCCUGAGAAAAGACUGGGCAUUAUAAACAUUCUAUACCAGUUAAUCUAAUUAAAAGUAAAAGUGGCCCCAGAAUAAUUCUAAGUCAUUUCUUAAGAUUGCAUUUUAUUUUUUUCACGUUAUCAUUCCCAUAUUUCAAAUCUUGAAAUAUGGUUAUAAACCAUGUUUCAAGAUUUUUGCAUGCAACACACUAUAAGAUAUUAUUAACCUUUGCGCCAAUUGGCCAGCUCAUGGGUAGUUAGUGAGUAAUAUUCAACAACAAGCAAAACUAAGUGGCUUCGGUAUACAAGUUUGGCUAAAAAAGCGAUUUUUUCCGAAAUAAAGCCUUUUAGCAUCCUUAAGUUAAUAGAAGGUAUUUUGGGACACUUUCAACGUUGAUUUAACGUAAUAGGCCUACAAUGCCAGUUGACCAAAAAGGCAUAAAUCUAAGUAAAUAUGCUAUUUAUAUACCA